AUGUCUGCAACAAGUACAACUAAUCCCGGUUCAUCAACAACCGAAUCUCCUAAAAUCCCAAAGAUUGAAUCAAUUGCAAUCAUUGGUGCAGGUCCAGCUGGUUUAGCUUCACUUUAUGAAUUUUUACAUACUUCAAAAGAUGGUUCAUCAACUUUAACUAAUGCUAAAAACACUUACAAAGAAAACAAAUUACCUUCAGAUCCAGCAUUCAAAAAAAUUGUUGCUUUUGAAACAAAAGAUCAUGCAGGUGGAAUUUGGGCUCCUGCUACUGAAAAAGCUGAUUUAAAUGUUCCACCACAAGAUAUUUUAAAUUCUGAAGAUUAUAGUAAUCCAGAAGUUAUAAGACCAAAUAGAAAAUCACCAAAAGAUUUAUCAAAUACUGAUAAAGAUCAUCCGAUAGACACCAAAGAUGACUCAAAUUCAAAAGAGAUUGAAUUAAUCAACGAAUUAGAAUGGAAAAGAUCUGGAGUUUUCCCAUUUUUAUUUACUAAUAUUCCUCAAAAAUUUACUCGUUAUUCUUAUUUACCAGAUGAAAAAGAAUAUUAUUCUCAACAAAGAACUAUUUAUCCAUUUUUAACUCAUAAUGAAUUAACCAAGAGAUUUACAAAUUUUAUAAAAGAUACAAAUUUAUUAGAUUAUAUAAGAUUAAAUUCUGCUGUUGAAAAUGUUGAAAAAAAUGAAAAAACUGGUAAAUGGGAAUUAACAAUUAGACAUAAACCAAAUGGUCAAAAUAAAAAUGAAUGGUAUAAAGAAGAAUUUGAUGCUGUAGUUGUUGCUAAUGGUCAUUAUACUGUUCCUUAUUAUCCUCAUAUUGAAGGAUUAGCUGAAUUUAAUGAACAUUUCCCAAAUUCAAUUUUACAUGUUAAAUCAUUUAGAAAUGUUGAAGAUUUUAAAGGUAAAGAUGUAUUAGUUGUUGGAAAUUCAAUUUCAACUGCUAAUGUUGUACAAUAUAUUGUUCCAGUAGCUAAAUCAGUAACAGUUUCAAAAAGAGGUGAACAUUUAGUUUUUAAAUAUAUUAAUGAAGCAUUAUCUUCAGAUGGUAUAAUUUCAAAACCUACAAUUGAUCAUAUUGAUCCAAAAACAGGUGAAUUUUUUUUCAAAGAUGAAUCAAAAGGUAAUAAAUAUGAUAAAAUUAUUUUUUCAACUGGUUAUCAUUAUCAUUUCCCAUUUUUCACUAAGGAAAAAGAUUAUUUAAAAUUAAUUAAUCCUGGUAAUUUAUCAAGAGUUGGAGGAUUAUAUUGGAAUACAUUUGAUCAAAAAGAUCCAACUUUAGGAACUGUUGGAAUAACUGUGUCUCAAUUAAAUUUCCAUACAAUUGAAGCAAGUGCUGCUGCAUUAGCUGGUGUUUGGUCAGGUGCUAAGCAGCUUCCAUCAGAAAUUGAACAAAAUCAAUGGGAAAUUGAAACAAUAAAAGAAAAAGGAGAUUCUUUACAUUUCCAUUAUUAUACUCAACAUACAGCAAAAGAUUUUAUAAAUGGUGUUAUACCAUAUGCACCAAAAAAUAGAUAUAAUCCAUUAGAAAUUGAUGGAGAAUUUGUUUAUGAUGUUGAUGAAGGUGGUAAUUAUUUAGAAAAAUUAUUUUAUGGAUUAAAAGAAGGUAAAAUUUCAACUGAUGAUACUAGUGAUCCUAUAGCUUCAAAAUCUUUAGAUGAUAUAUUGAAAAAUAAAGAAGGAAAGAGUAGUAAUAAUAGUGGUAUUAAAGAUGAAAAGAAACAAGCUAAUGUUGAUGUUGAAACUGUUGUUGAUGGAGUUGAAGCUAUAACUGUUUGA